UGCUAAACUAUAGUUUUUAAAUUUAUGCGCAAUUUUUUAUUAUUGCUGAGUUUUCUGUUUGUUUCUUAAUACAAAAAAAGUAAUAUUUUGCGUUUUUUCAAAGUGUGUAACAAAGUAAAUGCUGAUCAGCUAAAAAGUAAAUAGCUUAACUUUGCCAGUGUUUAAGUUUCAUUACAACAAAUAAAUCCAUACAUAUUGUUUGUAAUACAAAAGUGCCAAAUCUUUAAUAAAUAGUUUACGUUUAUUACAAGAAAUAAUAAUAAAAAAAACAAAUAAACCAUAACAAAGGUAGAGUUACUUUGACUACCUUCUCUUUCACCAACAACUUUUUGUAACAAUGACCUUAAAUCGUGUUUUAAGUUUAAAUGCAAUUACAAUUUCAGACACAAAAUAUGUAAAUGUUAAUUAUUAUAAUUAAAGACUACAAAUAGUCGUAUUGUUUACUAGUAGAUGCCAUAAAUAAAGUAUUUCUCUUUUCUUUCGAAAUUCCACACUUAAAAUCACCCAACAACAAGAAGCCAGCCUGAUGUUUUUUCAAUUUUCAUAUUACGUGGACCAACGAUAAGUUGUACUCAAGUAUUUUUUUGCCAAUGUCGAAUAACGGCAUAAAUAGCGCUACAAAUGGGCGCCCUAGUGCCAAUAAUACCCAUGCUACAGCAACAACCACCACCAGCACCAGCUCCUCAGCAGCAACAGCAAUACAAAAGAAUAUUAUCACGCAUACAAAUUCCCAAACAGGCAACAUCACUACUAAUGCAACGAUUAACACCACACUAAACAAUGCUAAGACAUCGUCAAUUAGUUUUAAAAUAGCAGCACUGCCAGACAAACAACAGCCCAAAUCAAAUAACAACGAACAUGUAAAUACAACCGGAACCACAGCCACAGCAACAUCAGCGUCCUUAAGACAACCCAUAGCCAAUGUAAAUAUACAAAAUACAAAACUACAAACUCAUCGACGUGAUAGUUCUAGUGUUAGUGGACACCAUAAUUCCCACACUGGUGGCAUACACUUGCCACAGAGCCUAAAAGAUGCCUCAAAAUAUAGAUACAUUAAACCGCAGACGCUAUAUCGAUACGAUGACAACACCAUCACCAACCAACGCAAAGGUAACGAUGAAGUCGAUAAGGUAGAGAAACGAACUGCUGAGGAUCUUAACCAUGAUCAUUGUUUAGUUUACUAUGAUGAUCAGUUGAUAGCGGGCAGUUUGGAUGCUUUGAUCGAACAUAUGGUACCAACCUCCGACUAUUAUCCGGAGAGAACUUAUACAUUUUCGUUUCUGUUGAGUGUGAGGCUAUUUAUACGACCCCAUGAAUUGCUGGCCAAAAUAUCACAAACAUGGGAACAACAACAGCAGCAGCUGCUGCAGCAGUCUGGUACUGCUCAGGAUCAAGUGGAUGAUGCUGGUCAUUUUACAAAUCUCUGUGCAUCGCAGGGCGCCAUUAACAAUUCGCCCCUACUACAACGCAAGCCGGGACAACUUGCUACGCAAACACAGAAAUCUGCUCAAAAUUGUAUACGCCUGCUGGCGGAAUGGAUAGAAACAUUUCCCUAUGACUUUCGAGAUGAGCGCUUAAUGCAACAAGUGCGCAUUUUAACGCGAAAAUGUGUGUACCUUGAUAAUGCUCUGGGCAAACAAGUGUCGAGGAUAUUGCAGCUAUUGGUACAACGUUUGACAGCUCUGGAAAAAUAUGAAGAAUUCUUGCAAUCUUUACUACAAAAUGAUCUCAAUACAAUCAUACAACCCCACUAUAGCACUUCGGCGUCGGCCUCUUAUUCCUCAUCCUCCUCUUCGACCUCUUCCUCCAAUGCUGCUCACAAUUCGCUAACAAAAUCGGCUGUACAGGCAUUAAAUAGUCAUGAUCAUGCGUCUUCUACACAAAAGAAUCAUUAUCUAAUAAAUGCUCAAUUUUCUCACAAUAUCACAUCAUCUACACCUGCUUCUUAUACAACCUCUUCGAAUACGGGACAUUCGGCCUCGGAUUCUCCUAACAGUCAUGAUGUCUUUGGCAUAAUGGAUCUAUGUCCCAGCUGUGCUCAAUUGGCUCAUCAGCUGACCGCCAUAGAAUUGGAACGUCUCUCGCAUAUCGGGCCGGAGGAAUUUGUGCAAGCUUUUGCCAAGGAAUAUCAAAAUUCUAUGAGUAAGAAUGUUAGUUCAGCUUCCUCGUCUUCAACAACUACUGCGGCGCCAUCUGGUGGAGGUGGCGGUUCAAGUUCAGCUGGCCAACAGCAAAUAAUGCAAACGUCUUUGAAUGAUAUGAAAAAGACUAGAAAUCUGGAAUCGUAUGUGGAGUGGUUUAAUCGUUUGAGUUAUUUGACGGCCUCGGAAAUUGUGAAGUACCCCAAAAAGAAACAACGUGUACGCAUUAUUGAAUAUUGGAUUGAGACCGCCAGAGAAUGUUUUAAUAUUGGCAAUUUUAAUAGUCUUAUGGCAAUAAUAGCUGGUCUAAAUUUAGCCCCCAUUUCAAGACUAAAAAAGACAUGGUCGAAAAUACAAUCAGCCAAAUUUUCUGUCUUAGAACAUCAAAUGGAUCCCACUUCCAAUUUCAAUAGUUAUCGUUCCACCUUAAAAGCAGCCAUGUGGCGUUCCGAGGGCGCCACCGAAGAACGUGAACGCAUAAUCAUUCCAUUUUUUAGUUUAUUUGUUAAGGAUUUGUAUUUUCUCAAUGAGGGAUGUUCAAAUAGAUUACCCAACAAUCAUAUCAACUUCGAAAAAUGCUCCCAACUGGCCAAACAAGUUAUGGAAUUUAACGAAUGGAAAAAGGUAACAUGUCCCUUUGAAAAACUACCGAAUGUCAUUGCCUAUUUGCAAAAUAGUCCGGUCUUAAAUGAAAACACCCUAUCGAUGGCUUCGUUUGAAUGUGAACCCCCCGAAAAUACCGAAGAAAAAGAUCGCUAUAAAACGGUUAAAGCCGAAACUAAACAACAACUGUUACAACAACUGCAGGAACAACAGUCGCAGCAACAUUAAUCCACAAGGUAAAACAAAGUGAAGAAGUUUUGUUUGCUUUAUUAUUUACGUUUUAAAGAGACAGAGAGACAGACAUACACGAAAAGUUUUGAAAACUUUAUAUGAUUUAACAAUUAAACUACACUCAAACAAGCUUGCCAUGAUUUUUUUUUACAUUAAUCGAACACAACAAAAAACACAACUUUUUUUAAGAUAUUAAAAAAAAGCAGCAAGAAGAAAAGUAACAACCAACAACUAUUUUUUUAAAUAUUAAGAAAUUAAUUUGUUUUUCUAAGCCAACAAACAAUAACUUUAAAAGUUAUUGUAAGAUAUUUUAAAUAUAGU